AGAGCUGAGGGCUGAGUUGGCGCGAGAGGGGCUGCAGCCAUGUCCGUUGCCCGCCCGCAGCGCCAGGCCACCAUCGCCUUCCCGCGGCGGAGGAGCGCCCGCUGCAAUGCCGCUGUCCUGGCCAAGGCCCCCCCGGCUGACCCCGACCCCUCAGACCCCACCGCCCCGUCCCUCUCACCGGUGUCCCCACGUCCCACAGAGCCCGCCCCCAUCACACUGUCACCCCGGAGCACAGCACAACCCCUGAGCCCCCGCAAACGCCUGGGCGAUGACAACCUGUGCAAUGUGCCCCACGCCACGCCCUGCUCCCCGGCCAAGCGCUGCAAGGAGAACCGCGGCUGCCGAGUGCUCUUCGGGGACCCCACGGCCUCCCCGGGGAAGCAGAGCGCGGCGGGGCCGGCCGUGCUGCAGCGCGGGCAGGAGACGCCGCAGGGCUCGGGGCGCAGCGCGGGACUCAGCCGCAGCCGCCUCUUCAGGCAGGAAGGCACGUGCUACCAGCAGGCGAAGCGUGUGCUGCACGCGGCGCUGCCCGAGCGCCUGCAUGGCCGUGAGAGGGAGGCGGCCGCCGUCCGGCAGUUCCUGCGGGAGCACCUGGCUGCGCGCCGCCCCGGCAGCCUCUACAUUGCAGGAGCGCCCGGCACCGGGAAGACAGCGUGCGUGAGCUGCGUGCUGCGCGACUGCAAGGACGAGCUGGCGGGCAGCCGCAGCGCAGUGCUGAACUGCAUGGCGCUGAGCAGCGCCCACGCCGUGUUCCCCGCGGUGGCGGAGCAGUUGGGGCUGCCCACGGCUGGGGCGGGCGGCAGGGAGCUGACACGGCGGCUGGAGCGGGCGCUGACGGCCGAGGGACCCAUGCUGCUGCUGGUGCUGGAUGAGAUGGACCAGCUGGGCAGCAGGGCGCAGGAUGUGCUCUACACCAUCUUCGAGUGGCCGCGGCUGCCCGGCUCCCGCCUGGUCCUCAUUGGGUUGGCCAACGCGUUGGACCUCACCGAGCGCCUCCUGGCGCGUCUGCACACCCCCCCGCUGCCCGCCCCCCACCUGCUGCGCUUCGCCCCCUAUGGCCGGGAGCAGCUGACUGCCAUCCUGCACGGCCGCCUGGAGCAGCUGCAGGGCGGCCCCGUCCUCGAGCCCAGCGCCCUGCAGUUCUGUGCCCGGAAGGUCUCCGCUGUGUCCGGCGAUGCGCGCAAAGCGCUCGAUGUGUGCAGGCGUGCUGUGGAGCUGGUGGAGCUGGAAGUGCGGAGCCAAACCCUGCUGCAGCCACUGCCUGGUGGUGACCCCACAGCCGCGCCCUGCCCCGUCCCCAAGAGAGUGGGGCUCCCGCAGGUGUCCCGUGUCCUCUCGGAGGUGUUUGGGGACAGGAUGGCACCAGGCAGCCCCAGGGCUCGCGAUGCGUUCCCGCUGCAGCAGAAGAUCCUCGUGUGCUCCCUGCUGCUGCUCGCCCGGCACCUGCGCACACGCCAGGUCACGCUGGGCAAGCUCCACGACGCCUACAGCCGCGUGUGCCGGCGGCAGCAGCUCCCUGCGGUGGACCAGACAGAGUGCCUGUCCCUCGCCACCCUGCUGGAGUCCCGCGGUGUGCUGGAGCUGAAGCGUGCCAAGGACAGUCGCCUCACCAAGGUGUCCCUGAAGGUGGAGGAGGAGGAGGCGCAGCACGCACUGCAGGACGCCACGCUGGUGGGCAGCAUCCUGGCACGGGGGCUGUUCUGAGCCCCCCCUCACCCCCCCCCUGCCCCAUGGCCGCUCGGUGGCAGCGCUGUGGUUUGGUGGCCCCAUGGCUGCGUGGUGGCACUGCAGCCGCUCGGUGCGAUUCCCACCCUGGAGGCAAUCGUAUGCAGUUUUAUCGUUAUUAUUUUAUUAAUUGGUGUUAAUGGGAGGGUGGUGCCUGCCGCAGCCCCCCGCGCCCCCCCUGGCCGUGGUGCGUUCCCCCACUGGGUGUGGGGAUGGCUCCAUUGGAGCUGUGCAGGGACCCCAAGGUGGGGGGGAUGCCUGGGGGUCCCCCCAUCUCCUGGCCCUAAUAAAGUCCUCCUUAAUUA